AUCAGAAGUUUAACAAAUCUGGGACUACUCUGUGUUAUCCCAAGUCUCCCCACCCUGGUUACAGUAAACCGUCAUUUUUGUUUCUACUGAAAGACUCAACCGAGCAACAAGACUGAUUUGGCUGACGGGAAGCCCCCCGCUACCCCUCCCGUCCCAGAAUGCCAUUGGUGACGAGGAACAUCGAGCCUCGCUAUGUGUGCCGCCAGACGAUCCCCAACACCAUCCGCAGCGAGCUGGAGUGUGUCACCAACAUUAGCCUUGCCAACAUCAUACGCCAGCUAGGCAGCCUCAGUAAGUAUGCAGAGGAUGUGUUUGGAGAGCUGUUUGUGCAGGCGGGGGUGUUUGCUGUCCGGGUGAACACACUGGGAGAGAGAGUGGACCGUCUACAGGUCAAAGUCACCCAGCUCGACCCUAAAGAGGAGGAGGUCUCUCUGCAGGCCAUCACCCAGAAGAAAGCGUUUCAUAGUAAUCUGACUCAGGACCAGCAGUUGUUCUGUAGACCCUCUCUACCACUGCCUGUACAGGAGACCUAUCUGACCUGCAACCCACCUCCACCACUCAACAACCUCAGCCAGUACAGGGAUGAUGGUAAGGAUGCUUUGAAGUUCUACACAGAUCCCUCCUACUUCUUUGAUCUGUGGAAGGAGAAGAUGCUGCAGGACACGAAGGACAUCAUGAAGGAGAGACGCAAACACAGGAAGGAGAAGAAGGACAAUCAGAAUAUGCGGACUCUGAAUCCCAGGAAGAUCAAAACCAGGAAGGAUGAGUGGGAACGGCUAAAGAUGGGAGAGGAGUUUGUGGUGCCCAAGAAUGACAUGGGAGAAUCUCUUGAGGGUCUGAAUGGCAGUAUUGGUUCAGGAGAAGGCUGUUACUCCCCUGAUGGUUUGGACCAGAGUACUGGGUCGUACGCCUUCGAUCCUGGCUCCCCCCUCCCUCCCCCCGCCCCGGACGACUUCCUGCCCCCUCCACCCUCAGACAUGGCGUAUCAUGACGGACAGUAUGGAGCAUCAAGCCAAAAGCGCACCAGCGUUCUUAGCCCCACACACCCCCCUCCAGCCCCUCCCAUGCCCUCUACUGCUCCCAUUGGCACACGGCCCAACCUGGCCCCUCCUCCUGCCCCACCUCCUCCUCCCCCCUCCCCUGGCUUCGGAAUCCCUCCCCCUCCCCCCUCUGGAUUUGACUCUUCCCCUCCCACUCCCCCCUCUUCCUCCGCCUAUCCCUCCCCCCCUGCCCCACCUCCUCCUUCCUAUCAAGCCUCCAUCUCUCCGCCUCCUCCCCCCUCUCUCCCCCAGGGUGGUGGCGCACCUCCUCCUCCUCCUCCCCCUCCUCCCCCAGGCCCCCCUCCUCCCACUUCUGGCCCUCCUCCCCCCUCCUUCUCCAUUGGGGCUCCUCCUCCUCUUAAAUCCACCCAAGCUCAGCCAGAAGCCCCCGCUGACGCUCACAGUGACCUCCUGUCGGCUAUCCGGCAAGGUUUUAACCUACGUAAGGUGGAGGAACAGAAAGAGCAGGAGAAAAAGGAUAACUACGGCAACGAUGUGGCGGCCAUCUUGUCUCGCCGUAUUGCUGUGGAGUGCAGCGACAGCGAGGACGACUCCUCAGAGUUGGGAGAUGACGAUUGGUCCGAAUGAGACCUUCAUCACCUCCACCCUCAUGGUCUUCCUCGGUCCUCGUCAGAGAGAAUGCAUCAUAUCCUUAUCCCAUUACUUCUUUAUAAUCUAUGAUCUAAGGAGUAGAGGUCCAAAGAUAAGUGUGUGUCUGUGUGCGUGUGUUACUGCUACACUCUUCCUCAGUAUUCCCCACUCCUGUCUAAGCCAAUCACAUUCCCUGUAUGUUGUAUGUAGAACUGAACUGAGAAGCCAAUGAUUUAAUUAUGAGAACAGUCCAAAUAUCAAAAAGCCAAUUAUUAAUAUAAGGGGCACAGGGCCAAAGGUAAUGAUAAUUAUACCCUCAUAGGCUACACACAGAUAUCAACAAACAUACAGUAUACCGUACAGAUAUUGAUUCUUACAUGCAUACACAGACAGUACAAUUAUGGUAUGAUUGAUGAACUGUAUUAAUAUUUUACUUUAAGAUAAUUAUAAGAUGUGUUAAAUAAUACCAAGAGCACAAAGAAAGGUUUUUAUUGCUGUUUUCUCCUUUUUCUUUUUUUACCUGUCUUUUUCUCUCUGUGGUUGGCAUGGGAAUGGUUACCUGGGCGACAGAGGGUCUCAUUCACAGAUGGGGGGGGGGGGGGGGGGGGGGGGUUCUGAAUCUUAUCUAAAAUGUCUGUAAUGUUCCGAGUCAGCCCUAGAUGAAAACUGAACCUAUGCUGCCCCCUAUCAGUCAAAACAUUAUCUGACCUAUCAGCGAUCCCUCUCUUGCCCUAGUCCCGCCCCUCCAUAAGUGCCUUUGCUUUUCAUGUUUAUGUGCGAGGAGGAGAAAGUUAACCUUAGACACUGAUCUAAGGUCUGUUUCUUUCCCAUCAUAACCAUAGGAUUGGAUGAAAGGUACCUGAUCCUAGAUCUGUGCCUAAGAGACAACUUGAUCCUCUUCUGUUUAAGUGCCUUCUGUUUGUUUUGAAGCCAAAGUGUAAUGCCACAAUCAGACCUGAGCAUGUUAAUGUCCAACCACCUGUUUCUGCUUGUCCUGUCUUUCUCAACUUUAUCAGUGACGAUUAUUAUAAUAAUAAAGAUACAAUGAACUAUA